AUGCGCUUCGCUGCCUCCCUUUGGGGCCUGGCGCUCCUGCUCGCUCAGCUCGGCUUGGUCCUCGCCAACCAGGUCCACCAGCAGGUGAACGACCUGUUCGGACAUAAUGGUUCAGGAUCAGCUACAACACAUACCAACAACUGGGCCGUGCUUGUCUGCUCUUCGCGCUACUGGUUCAAUUACCGCCAUAUGGCCAAUACCCUGGCCAUGUAUCGCACGCUCAAGCGCCUCGGGAUGCCCGAUAGCAACAUCAUCCUUAUGCUCGCAGACGAUGUGGCGUGCUCCGCGCGCAACCCGUUCCCAGCGACGGUAUAUGCGAAUUCGGGGCGGCAGAUGGACUUGUAUGGGGACGCGGUGGAGGUGGAUUAUAGGGGAUAUGAGGUGACUGUGGAGAGCUUCUUGAGGCUGUUGACUGGCCGUCAUGCGCCACAUACACCACCGUCAAAGAGACUGCUAUCUGAUGCCUCGUCGAACGUCUUCAUCUAUAUGACUGGACAUGGGGGCAACGAGUUUCUCAAGUUCCAGGACAACGAAGAGGUCUCGGCGUUCGAUAUUGCGGAUGCUAUCGAGCAGAUGUCGGAGAAGCGGAGAUUCAACAAGCUGCUAUUCGUCAUCGACACUUGUCAAGCAAAUACGAUGUACUCCAAAUUCUACUCGCCGAACGUCAUCUCGACAGGCUCGUCCGCCAUUGGGGAGAGCUCGUACUCUCAUCAUAAUGAUGUCGACCUCGGUACUGCUGUCAUCGACAGCUACACGCACUAUAUCUUACAAUACCUCGAGACGCUAGGCAAGACCAGCAGGGCGACUCUGCAAGACUUUUUCAAUACCUAUGAUCCAGCCCGCAUCCACUCGCACCCCGGCAUAUCGACCGAGCUGUCACCAACUCAACCUGAUGGCAUCCUCGUUACAGACUUCUUUGGUGGGGUUGUCAGUGUGGAAGUCACGCCGAAGGCGGAUGAGCUGGACCCGCUGCGGACUGCUGGAUCGGCGGGAUGGGUUUCUGGGAGGCGACGAGGCGCUCGAGGGAUCGGGGAGGGCGGUCAGUCAUCGCCAUCGCCAUCGCCUAUGAAGGGACCACCAAUGAGGAGGACAGAGGGAGUCCGCGGAUGGGCAAAUCCGACAGAAAGGCAGACGGAAGGAGGCUGGGUGGGGAAUGCGGCGUUGUCGGCGGUUCUAUUGGGCAUAGGAGGGUAUCUGCUGAUCGAUCCGCGGACAGAUAGACCGGGCAUCAAGCGAGAAUGA